AUGGCCGUUAAAACGGACAUGAGCAAGGCUUACGACAGACUCGAAUGGGGCUUCGUGACAACGGUGAUGGAGAGGAUGGGUUUCCACCCAAAAUGGGUAAACUGGAUCCUCCAGUGUAUCUCAACUGUCUCGUAUACCUUUCUCAUUAAUGGAGCGGCUCAGGGAAAGGUCACUCCCCAACGUGGCAUUAGACAAGGAGAUCCGCUCUCGCCUUUCAUCUUUAUCCUGUGUGGUGAAGUUUUGUCAGGAUUAUGCAGGAAUGCUCUAAUAAAUGGAACGAUGGCAGGGAUAAGAAUCUCACGAGGAAGCCCACGAAUCAAUCACCUUCUCUUUGCAAACGACACCAUGUUCUUCGUUAAAACCCCAAUCCUAGAAGCUGCUCAACCCUCCACCUGA